AUUUUUAGUUGAUUAUGGCAAGUGGUUAGAAUGUCAUUUGGUGGCACAUUAAAGUGAGAGAUUUUUAGGAGGUGCGGUUUUGGCCUGAGAGCUUCUUCUUCUUUUGUCCUCUCCCAGUGAGUUAAGACACAGAGGAAAUGGAGAAAGCAAUGACCAAGGUUGGGAGCUUUUGGAUAGCCAAAAAAGCCAAGCAAGAGUUCUCCAACAUCGCGGGCGACCUCUCGUCUAUAUCGGGCACGGUCGAGGAGAAGGCGAAGUGGGUCAUCAACAAAUUGAAAGGCAAGCCGCCGAAAGCGCUGCCGGAUCUCCUCCGAGAGCACAACCUCCCCCCGGGCCUCUUCCCUCAGAACAUCACGUGCUACGAGCUCGACGCGUCCAGGUCGAAGCUCGUUGUCUACAUGCCCUCCGCCUGCGAAGCCAGCUUCAAGGACGGGUCCAUCGUGAGGUACGCGAGCCGCGUCAAGGGGACCCUUUCCCGUGGGAAGCUCGCCGGGAUUGAAGGCAUGAAGACCAAGGUCCUGGUGUGGGUGAAGAUCGCCGGCGUGGCCGUCGAGAGCCACAAGUCCGACAAGAUCUGGUUCACGGCUGGGGGCGUCAAGAAGUCGCGGCCUAGGGACGCGUACGAAAUGGCCCGCGAUGCUGUUCGAGUCGACGAGUUCUAAGAUUCUUCCGGUCGAACCGCGCAGUAAAAUGGCUGAGCAUAGUGGAUUGAUCGUCAGUUUUCGUUAAUUUCAUCUACUUGUACAGAUUACAAAAUUUGUCAUUUGCGACAGAUGAUUUGAAGAUUGUGAAUACUUGGCCCCAUUUGAUAAGGAAAAAAUGGCACAAAUAGUCCCUGAACUUUA